CUGAUAAGACGCCCAGUCCAGUCUGGUGAAAGGUAAACACACCUCACAGUAAGUAUGAUUGUGAGUCAGUGAGGAAAUCCUGAGUCACCAUGAGUCUCUCCCCAGAAGCCUAGCAUAGAAAGUCUUCUUGACCUGCCACAGUUGCACGCCAAUCUGACUUAGCCAUGGCUGCUGCACUGAAGUCCGUCUGGAGUGCCCUCCCUGGGCUGCUAAUCGCCCUCCUGUGCCUGGACUCUGCUAAGGGUGGGAGGCUGUUAGUGAUACCAGCAGACGGCAGCCAUUGGACCGGCAUGAAGACCCUAGUGGAGGAACUGGGGAGGAGAGGUCACCAGGUGGUGGUCGUGAUCCCAGAGGCCAGUCUCAGCAUGGGCCCUUCUGACCACACCACCACCCUGACCUUUCCUGUGCCCUAUACCAAAGGGAAUAUGACUAAGGAGCAGGAAAAAUCCCUGAACCGCUUAGACGAAGAUCUGCUCCAAUUAAUAAACACUGAUGUCUCCACUGCUGUGGCAAGGUUUAGGAAUUACUGGGACACCCUGUACAUGCUGAGUAAUUACACCAUGAUGGCUUGUGAAAGCAUGCUGUCCAACAAGGAGCUGAUCCAGACCUUACGGGACUAUGAGUUUGAUGCUCUCCUCAUUGACCCUUUUUGGCCUGUUGGAAUCAUCGUUGGGGCUUAUCUGGACAUUCCGUCUAUCUACAUGAGUGGUCCUUAUCCUUGUCCCCUUGACAUUAUUGCUACAAGAUGUCCUCACCCUGUUUCAUACCUGCCACUACGCUACACACUCUACAGCAAUCGCAUGACCUUGUGGGAGAGGACCGUCAACCUGCUGAGGUCCUUACUGGAGCCUGCGGCCUGCAGUCGUCUCCACGUUCAUGCAAACAAGGUGGCCUCUGAUAUCCUGCAGAGGGACACGUCCAUUGUGGAGCUGGCGAGCAACGCAGCACUUUGGCUUGUUCGGUUUGACUUUACCUAUGAGUUCCCCAUGCCUCUGAUGCCCAACAUGAUCAUGAUUGGUGGGAUUAUGUCUACAAAGCCAAAACCGCUACCACAGGAGGUGGAGGAGUUUGUGAAUGGAUCUGGAGAGCACGGCUUUGUGAUCUUCACCCUGGGCUCAAUGGUGUCCCAGAUGCCAGAAGAGAAGGCCCGAGUGUUCUUCGAGGCAUUCCGGCAGAUUCCACAGAGGGUUUUGUGGAGGUACACUGGACCCGUGCCUGAGAAUGCCCCCAAGAAUGUCAAACUCAUGAAGUGGUUGCCUCAAAAUGACCUUUUAGGUCACCCGAAGGUGAAGGCUUUCAUCACACAUGGAGGGUCCCAUGGCAUCUACGAGGGUAUAUAUAGCGGUGUUCCCAUGGUGACGAUCCCACUGUUUGGGGACCAGGGUGACAACGCCCAGCGCAUGGUUGCGCGUGGUGUUGCGGAGUCUUUGACCAUUGCUGAUGUGACCACAGCCAAAGUGUUGGAAGCACUCAGCAAAGUCAUUGGUGACAAGAGUUACAAGGCAAAUAUGAUGAAGCUGUCAGCUGUGCACAAGGACCGUCCGAUUGAACCUCUUGACCUGGCCGUCUUCUGGACCGAGUUUGUAAUGAGACACAAAGGAGCGGACCACUUGCGAUCCACUGCCCACGAGCUGAACUGGGUCCAGUACCACAGCCUUGAUGUGAUCGCGUUGCUUACAACCGCCAUACUCACUGUUGUUGUUGUCACCAUUAAAUCUUGUAUGUUCUGCUUUAGGAAGUGCACAGGAAAGGGGAAACAACACAAAAAUAAGAGAGCAUAGUUGAGAAGUAGUUUUGUUUGUUUGUUUUACUUGAAGGUGAAUAGUACGGUGGCGCAUUGCAUUCACAUCACACACAAAAAAAAUCAGGCUCUCUCAUAAUUACGAGAUAACUAUCUGAUAUGAGAUAAGGAUAGGAUCAGUGCUGAGGAUCUAAACAGCCUUUCAAUAAAAACAAGCACAUAUUUCCUACUGAUUUCCUGCUUUGAAUGACUUUCUUACUUUGAGAGAUUAACAUGUCUUUAAGUGGCAUGAAAAAUAAGCCUGUCAAAUCGCCAACAACGGCCAAAGGCAAUACAAUGUGCACGUUGACAGGAGGUACUAGGCCUACUACGCAUAGGGCGUAUCCACGUUGUCACACGCAUGCCUAUUGUUUAUUUUGUGCAGCUAGGCUACUUGUUCAAGUGGCAUUGAUGAGUUAAACAGUCACAUUUUUCCUACACGUAUUAUAUUGAGAGAAAAUAGUCAGUUGUAAACAAAGAAUUCGUCUUAUGUUACCCUUUUGUAAAUGGACUGAAGUUGGCUCUAAAUAUUUACUUUUAUCGAUUAUGCUAACCGUUAGCAUGAUCUAUGGGAUUUCUCAUAUACAUUAGCCAUAAGCUGACACAUUAGUUUCUGUAACUUGAAAUUCUAGUCAACAUGAUUGCUCUUAAACAAAACAUUGAAGGAAUCAACUGAGAUAUACUCUGUUGGUCUGCUUAGUGAAUCCUAA